CUACCUAGGUGCCAGAACCUCCAAAACGCCUCAUUGUGGUUUGAAUUCUGAGUGCAUGCCCUCCCUUUAAAAUUCAAAAGGACGGAUGCCGCAGAUCAAAGGUACAGCGGUACGGCCACUGCCUCCUAGAAACACCGGUUGGCCAGUAGAACAAUGAUGGCCGCUGUGUAAUAGUAGGAAACAUAGCGCCACUUCGGCGCUCUAUUUGUAUCAGAUUUCGCACGACGCCGGAUCUAUCUUCCAGUUCAACGGUAGUCAUCAUGGAAGAGUCAAUCGGAGCCUAAAGUGAUAAGCACGUCAAGGAGACAGGAUCUUUUCUCCAGGCACCGGUCGACGCCGUAGGAGACCGAUCCUACUCGUCACAGUGCCGGAUCUGUCCUCGAGGCACCGUUCGCCACCAUGGGAGCGUCAAUCCAAAGAGCGACGGCGCCGGAUCCGGCUAAAAACGCGUCGUGAAAAAAGAGCGCUUUCCAAAUUUCUUGGCCCCAAAGUUGGAUCGGCGCGGCUGCACCGUAACUAGAGCCUCAACCGAUGCCGUCCAGCCCUCCCACUGAUGCCGAAUGCAGGAACAACGAAAGGGUGAAAGGAAAUGAGAGCGGGAAGGGACCCUUCCAUGGUCAGCUGUGGUGUCCAUGGGACAUAGAGAUGCUAAUUGAUGCAUAUCGAGCCCAAGAUUAUCGUCCGUCACUACGGAAGAUUACCCGUUUGAGGCCUCCCUACCAUCCCCGGUGUACCACUCAUGAACUUGCAUGGGAGAAGGGAUAUCAUUGUCCUGCUGUGACAAGUCUUCAUGUGCAGUUUGCAUCUGGUCUGCGGUUUCUUCCUUUGGUCUCAAUACUAUACAUUAUCAAAAGGAGGAAGCAUUAAGAUGAAGUAAAGGGGUAUUUAAUAG